AUGCUUACUAACACUUCCAAGUCAUCAAAUUCGAAUCCAAUUUUAGAGAUCUAUAAUCCGAAUUCGGAAUAUCAAUCUGAUAGCGACGAUAUGGUCAACGUUAGGGAACUCACUGCAGAGCAUCGACAAGAAAUAGCUCAAGCACGUGCAGACCAUCGUCAAGAACUCGCUCAAGCUCGACAAGAAAUAUCUCAAGCACGUGCAGACCAUCGUCAAGAACUCGCUCAAGCUCGACAAGAAAUAUCUCAAGCACGUCAGGAACUCACUGCAGAGCAUCGACAAGAAAUAUCUCAAGCACGUGCAGACCAUCGUCAAGAACUCGCUCAAGCUCGACAAGAAAUAUCUCAAGCUGAUCAAAUACUCAUAACAACUCACGCAAAAGUUGCUACACUCGAAGAAAAGCUCAUUCAUAAAGUUUCCCAUAACGAGGAACUAAACAAUCAACUAAAUGAGUGUAAUGCGAGCCUGUUGCUGCUCAGAGAGGAGGGUGUUGGACGCCAAGUCCAGGCUCGAGAUAAUCAAAUCCAAAAGCUCAAGAGACAUAUUCAAAGUAUGUACAUUUUAUCGGCAGGUCUUGCCUUCUUCCUAGGUCUUGCCUUGCUCCUGUUAGCACGUGUUUUGUCAGGGGAAAAUUAA